AUGGCUAUCCUUGUACGGUGCUUGCUUCAUCACACAUCAUUUUCUUUUCAUCAGUUCCACAAAGCGCCAAACCAUUGGCGAAGAAAUUGGAAAGUAAUUUAUAAGAAUUUGUUUAUCCUAGUCCAUGUUGAUAAAAAUAUCAGUACCUCAUAAGACAAGUAGCAGGAAUAAGUGACCCUGGCCUACAUAUAAAUAUUUAGAGAAACUCAAACUGUUUCCAAAUUCAGUUGUAUUCUUGAUCGAGAUCUUGAACUUAAUUCUUUCUUUAUAGCGUUUGAACUUAAUUCUUUCUUUAUAGCGUUUACAUCUUGUACAAUCAGAUUUCGCGUAACGUUAUAGCCAAUAACAAAUUGGUUUACCCGUUCUUGGUCUCCUUCCAAGGUAAAAAUCUUGGCAGACUUAUCACCAAUGUCCGAAACCGCAAGGAGAUGGUUAUUUAGGGCAAACCAAACGUCGUGAGGUUUAAAAAGAUCUUUAUCUUGUAUUGACUGUUUUGGUACGGAAAUCUUCAUGUCGAAGAGAAAGUCAAUAAAGUUGCAUAUUUAUUCUGCUUUCUGAACCGUGAAAGAUGGCUACCCAUUGUUGCUUAGGGAUGUCAGUUGCCUCUUUCCCGUACUAAAGAAUACAAUUUUCUUGUCUUCUUAAAAGAGUCAGUUCCCACUGAUAAGACCUGUCUCCUUCAAAAUCUUGUAACAUCCUAUCCGCCAUUAUCGUCUGCACAACAUUUCCGGCCAUAAUGCCGACGACUUUGACAUUCAGGAGUCGACCUGAGCACUCAGCAUUUAGAUUCGAUGAUUUUCGAGUUACAACUAUCAUUAAAUCAACUUAUGAAGGCCACCUUUUCUGUUAAACAACUUCAUGUAGGCGACAAAGAUCACUUCAGUGUAGCUCCCUCUUUCUCGGAAACAGGCGUCAUUUUCCAAGAAUGACCUUUCUCAAUACAAGUAUUUUAGCGGAAAUCGCAUUAGGGACUUAAGCAAAGACUACGAAAGAUUCUAGUAAGGUGACCGGAAGUAAUUUUUUGCCAACCAUCAAUGCCUCAAGUCAGGGAUUUUAAGAUCCCGCGACAGCUAUAGCGGUAAAAACGCCGCUUAAAAGUGAAUAAUAAUAAUAAUAAUUGAUGACUUUAUUUUAGUGUCAAUGUAUUUAGCUUAACAGUUAGCUAAUUGAGGACACUUUCCUACGUACUGGCACACUAAAAUUAAUGAUUUUACCUAAAACCUAAAACUAUAUACAAAUGUACACGACUCAAAAUUUACACAAGACACAGCAGUUACUAUUAUUAUAUACUGAUACAGUGGGUGAAAGGUAACGGAAUUAGUUUUCUUUAUAUUUAAGGAUAGUUUAUUAGCGCUUAGCCAGUCACAGACAUUAAGUAGUUCCACAUUUACAACAGAUUCAAGUGAUUUUAAAUUCCCAGCAGCAUACAGCAAAUUUGUAUCGUCAGCAAAUAAGUAAAACCCUAGUUUGUUUGAAGGCUUGUAAAUGUCAUUAAUAUAAAUCAGAAACAAUGGAGGACCCAAAACAGAAUCCCGUGGCACACCACAAGAGGUUUUCUCUCUUUUAGAAAUAUGGGAACCGACCUGAGUGAUUUGGGUUCUUUCAUUUAAGUAUGAACAGAACCAUUUAUUGAAUACACCACGAAUUCCAUAAUGAGACAGCUUAUGAAGUAGGAUAAGAUAAUCAACUGUAUCAAAUGCCUUUUGCAGAUCGAUGAAAACUCCACAUGAAAACAUGCCCUUGUCCAUGUUUCUUUGAAAGUCUAUUUACAAUGUCUAACAUGGCAUGUUCCGUUAAACAUCUUUCACGAAAACCAUAUUGAUAGUCGUAAAAUGUAUUAUAUUUGUUUAAAAAUUUUUUUUAGACGAUCAUACAUAAUCUUUUCAAAGAUUCUAUUGAAGACUGAAAGAAGAGAAAUAGGCCGAUAAUUNCCCAAAACAGAAUCCCGUGGCACACCACAAGAGGUUUUCUCUCUUUUAGAAAUAUGGGAACCGACCUGAGUGAUUUGGGUUCUUUCAUUUAAGUAUGAACAGAACCAUUUAUUGAAUACACCACGAAUUCCAUAAUGAGACAGCUUAUGAAGUAGGAUAAGAUAAUCAACUGUAUCAAAUGCCUUUUGCAGAUCGAUGAAAACUCCACAUGAAAACAUGCCCUUGUCCAUGUUUCUUUGAAAGUCUAUUUACAAUGUCUAACAUGGCAUGUUCCGUUAAACAUCUUUCACGAAAACCAUAUUGAUAGUCGUAAAAUGUAUUAUAUUUGUUUAAAAAUUUUUUUUAGACGAUCAUACAUAAUCUUUUCAAAGAUUCUAUUGAAGACUGAAAGAAGAGAAAUAGGCCGAUAAUUACUAGGAAUAUAAGGGUCACUUUCAUCACCAUCUUUAAAAAUGGGAAUAAUUACAGCGUGCUUUAAUUUAGCGGGGAAGGAUCUUCUCUCAACUGAGAGUCGCUAGAGGUUUAGCUAUUAUAUGCCGCGCUCAUUUCAACAGACGAGUGGGACAUCCGUGGAGUCAAUCUUUUUGUCGAGGGUCAAGGGGCGAGGGUUCCAUGUCGAGGGUCGAGGGCACCAUGCCGAGGGUAAAUUAAUUUUUUUUUUUGAAAAUGGAAAACAAAUGGAAAACAAAUAAGAAGAAUUUAAAAAACAAAUGGCGCGUGGACAUCUCCAUCCAUAUUAGUUCCACCUGUUGGGUGGGGAUGGGGGGGAAGAGAACACGUUACUUGAUAACAGGUUUCUCAAUAUGACCGGGGACUGCCUAAGAACGUCUUCUGCUCUGUUGACGAGCCACCAUAUAGUAAAAAAUGUAGUAAAACAAGUUUAAAAAACUGAUUUAACUGAUAUAUUACUGUCAAAAUGAGCUUGGCCGCCUGUGGAAACAGAAAUUACAAAAUGACAAAUAAAGGAUAUGCGGCUAAAUUAGCGAUAAAGGCUAGGCCCUAGUUUUUGGCUAGGCGGACCGACCCAUCUUCAUGAGAUGAGACGGGGACCUCAUUAAUUCUAAUUCAAUUUCGGUUGACAGGACCAGCUCAAAAACAAACGAGCCAUUGAAAUUAAUUUUGUUGCUAUUUGGAAUUCUUGAUGCGAGUCUAGGCCCUACAUAGCCGGCAAAGUUACCGUUUAAGAUAUUUGCGUGAUCAAGUGGGUCCUGAGAUAGUUGAUCAUCAUCAAGCCUAAUUGAGCCAAUUGAGUUUCAAUUUUUCUUUUUCCUAUUAUCUCUCUCUCUCUCUCGCUCCGUAGGGCGGGUAGGAGAGAACCCUGGGAACGAGGUUGUUAAUAAGACUGUUAAUGCCGUAUAUUCUUUUUGUAUUGUUAAUAUUGUCUUGAAAAUAACUGUGAUAGCUGUAACAUAAUCUUAAAUAUUAAUAUAGCUGUUUAUUCAUAUCAAUGUCUCGAUUUAACGAUUCAACAGAGUUUACUUUACAAUUCUCUUCCUUACUCCCAUGUAGGCAAAAGAAAUAUAAAAGGGUUGCUCGAUCAGUUUUACCUUCUCGGUUUCCUUUGAAAAUAGGGUUUCAUUUUUCGUUUUGGGGCCUUAAAGGGGCUAUGUCACGCUAUGCGUGCCGUGCUAUGUCACGCUAUAUGCUACCCUUUCAAAAAGCUAAAACUUUUUCCGCAUCAAUUGAAUUGCAAGCCUAAUAGUCCAGUUUCAUUAUUUACGACUGUUUUUAGGCAUUCAGUGAAAUCAUUGCCUGCCGUCUGUUGCAACGAAUGGCAACGAUGGACAUGUAUUAAAUCUUGAAAAAGCUGGGCUAAGCUUUUCAAGUUUUAAUGCUAUGCCUGCAAAAAUCACCAGAAAGUGAAAUAAAUAUGGUCAGCGCUACCUCAUGAUAUUUGUUGUUUCUUUACUCGAUCCCAAGUCUUUGGAAAAGGGCCAACAUCUCACCUGUACACAUGAGUGGUGACGAAGAGCAGGUUACCAAUUACCGGUCUAUUUCACUUCUAUCCAUCCCUGCAAAGUGUUUGGAAAGGAUUGCUCAUUCUGCGAGUUAUGAUCAUGUGGCACCUUCCCUCUCUGAUUAGCAGCACGGGUUCAUUAAAGGAAGAUCUUGUGUAACCCAACUUGUCCUAACCUACCAUCAUUGAGUCAAGUGCUUGGUCGGCAGACUGAUGUUGUGUUCCUCGAUUUCGCUAAAGCGUUUGAUCGAGUACCUCAUGACAUUCUACUUCAGAAAUUAUUUAAUUUUGGCAUGAGUGGUUUCCUCCUAAACUGGUGUGCAAACUACUUCUCUGAUCGUUAUCAGAGAGUCGUCAUUGAUGACUAGCACUCUUCCUGGUCUAAUGUUACAUCUAGAGUUCCCCAAGGAUCUAUCUAGGGCCCACUCUUUUUGUCAUUUUCAUCGGUAAUCUCCCUGAUGUCGUCUAUCCUGGUAAUACCAUUGCCCUUUAUGCUGACGACUGCAAAACUUCGAUGGUAAUUGACAAUUCUCAAGGUCACGCAUUGUUUUAAGAAGACCUUAACAAUCUUUGGUCUUGGAGUAAAUUGGACAGAAUGGAUUUUAACAUUAAGAAAUGCAAAGUAAUGAGAAUAUCUAAAAAGGCGCAAGCAGUAGAGAGUGAUCUCUGUAUGAAUGAAUCACCUCUUAAAGUGGUCUCCGAAUUUAACGACUCGUGUCUGCUCGUCGAUAGUAACUUAUCUUGGAAUAUCCUUGAGCACAGUAUUGUUUCCAAAGCUAUCAAGAUGCUGGGCCUAAUAUCUCGUACCUGUACGGGAUUUGCCGACGUCAAAACUCUUAAGACACACUUUGCUCUUUUUUUCUUAUCUCAGUUAGAACAUGGCUCUGUUGUAUGGUCCCCGUACACCCAA